AUUGCGCCACCGCCGGCCAUGCAUGGCUACCUCCCCUCCCCACCACCUUCCUCUGUCCUCUCGCGUCACAUGGCCAGUCCAGUGCACAGCUGACCAUCCAUUCAAUGCUACGCAGCUUUCCAGCAGCUAUAUAACGCGCUAGCCGGCUGCAGACAUUGGAGACCCAAGCUUCUUCUUCAGUAAGCUCGUAGCCAGCCAGCCAGCCUAGCCAUGGGGAGAAGGGGGAGUGGAGUGAUGGGGAGCAAGGCUGUGGCGCUUGCGCUGCUGCUCUGCCUGAGCAGCGCGGCGGUGGGCGCAUGGGCGAGGCCCGUCGCGAACAAGGGGAAGCACGCCGCCGACGAGAAGUUCCUGUUGCUGAAGAAGCACUUCGGCAAGGGACUUGGAGGUGGCCUUGGGAAGGGUGGUGGGCUCGGUGGAGGUGGCGGUGGCGGCUACGGUGGUGGAGGAGGGCUCGGUGGCGGUGGCGGCUACGGUGGUGGUGGAGGACUAGGUGGUGGGGCUGGCCAUGGUGUCGGUGGAGGUCUUGGUGGUGGGUUUGGCAAAGGAGGAGGGCUUGGCGGCGGGUUUGGUAAGGGUGGUGGACUCGGCGGUGGUAUUGGUAAAGGUGGUGGUCUUGGUGGUGGAAUAGGCCAUGGCAUUGGUGGUGGUUUUGGUAAAGGUGGAGGACUCGGUGGUGGUGCCGGUGGCGGGUAUGGCAAUGGUGGUGGUCUCGGAAAUGGCGGCGGGCUCGGAGGCGGCAUCAGCCAUGGACUCGGUGGUGGCAUCGGAAAGGGUGGGGGUCUCGGUGGCGGCUUUGGCAAAGGUGCUGGACUAGGCGGCGGCUUUGGCGGUGGAGGCGGCGGAGGUGGUGGUGGCGGUGGUGGCGGCGGUUUUGGCGGAGGCUUUGGCAAGGGAGGUGGGUUUGGUUUCGGGAUCGGCAAAGGUGGCGGUGGCGGGAUCGGCGGCGGCCACUGAUGUUGUAGUAUGUACGUUUGGCUCAGCUCUGUUCUGCUGAGCGCCGUUGGUCAUCAUAGUAUUCUGUCGAUGUGAGCAGUACGUGUGAUGAAAGAGAUUUUCCCUUGUAGAAACUCACCACCAGCAUUUUCGUGUGUCUCGUUCUGCUCUCUGUGGGAGAGAUAUUCUCGCGCAUGUACGUUGGUGAUGGUAAUAUAUGAGUAUCUUGCAUUACUUGGUCCA